UUUCUUCCUCCAAUUCUACCCAAAUUCCAAAAUAUAACAGCCAAUCUCCAUUUCCCUUCACCAUAAUUUCACAAUUCUUGACAAUUCUUCUCCAAUGAGGCCUAAAACCAAUCCAACAUUGAGCUUCAAGGUGCUCCUUCUUGGAGUUUUCAUUGCCUUCUUGCUCCUUUUUGUGUUGAGAUCAAGCUUAUCAUUGUCAAAACAAGAAGAGUCUUCCCCCAUUUCACAAACAAAUCAUCUUCCAAAAACCUUGAGUGCAACAAAAGACUCAUCAAAUCCUGAAAAUUGCUCACCAAGUUGUAACAAAAUCCCAAGAUCUCUAGCGCAAGCUCUUAUUCAUUACACAACGUCAACAAUCACCCCACAACAAACCCUCAAAGAGAUCGCAGUGACAGCAAGAAUCCUGGAGAAGAAAUCCCCAUGUAAUUUCCUUGUUUUCGGGCUCGGCCACGACAGCCUGAUGUGGAGCUCGCUCAACUACGGAGGCAGAACAAUCUUCCUGGAAGAAGAUGAAGCCUGGAUUGAGCAAAUCCGACGGCGUUUUCCCAUGCUGGAGUCAUAUCAUGCCACUUACGACAGCAAAGUGAACCAGGCUAAUAACUUGAUGGAAGUCGGGAAAGGCCCCGAGUGCACGGUCGUGAGUGAUCCAAAAUUCUCGAUGUGCCAGCUUGCCAUGAAGGGCCUCCCGGCUGAAGUUUAUGACAUAAAAUGGGACAUGAUAAUGGUGGAUGCGCCAACGGGGUACUACGAGGAGGCUCCGGGGAGAAUGACUGCGAUUUAUACAGCAGGAAUGAUGGCGAGAAACAAAGAAAACGGUGAAACUGAAGUAUUUGUUCAUGAUGUGAAUCGCGUUGUGGAGGAUAAUUUCUCCAAGGAGUUUUUGUGUGAAGGGUACAUGAAGAAACAGGAAGGAAGGCUAAGGCAUUUCACAAUUCCAAGUCAUAGAGAUGUUUCUGAGAGACCCUUUUGUCCCCAAUAGGUAGAUUUCUGUGGUGUUGUGAUUUUUAAUUGCUUCUUUAAUUUCCAGGAAAAUAUUAAGUUUGCAUUUUCUUGGCAGAAACUUGUCCUGGAAAGUUGAGUUUUUUCCUGGAAACAAACAUAUUGAAGAGUCUAAUGCCCUCUUGAUUUUCAUCUAAUGAAUCCUAAUAACACAGCUGGGAUUUGAUUGUAUUAAAGAAGAAAGUAAAAUGAAAAAUUCUCUCUCUUUUUUUUUUGGGAAAGGUA